AGACACCAUCUCCACCAAUCAAAGCCCACCACCUACAGUCUUAGCUUUUCUCCCUCAGUUGCUAAAGUUCUUAAGCAAAACUAGAUUCAUUCCUUGAAGCUUACCAACCUGCUUUUUCAGCUUCCCUCAGUUUUCUCUCUUUCCCUUCGUAGUGUCACUUAACUUUUUUGUCUUUUCCUUUUCUUUGUUGCUGAUGCCACAAGGGAAAGGGAGAAAGAACGGAUCUUUACCAGCUUUUUUAAACUGCUUCAAAGCCGCAAGAGUUCAGAGUUUCCCUUGUUUUCCGAAUUUGGUUAUUUUUCCUACCUUGCUUUGUUUCAUGGUUCCUUCUUAGUUCCUUUCGUGAGGAGCCAGCUUCUUUCUUUCCCAAUUGAGAUAUGAAGUGGUUGCAGCCAGAGAUACAAAUGUUAGUUAGCUCUAAAUUAUAAAGCUCUUUUUUUUUUUUGGUUGUCUUUUGGGAAAGUCUUACCUAGAAGCCCUACUCUCUUGGACUUCUGAUCAUUCCAGCUUCAAUUUCAUGGAAGUUUUCUCGGUCUUCACUCCGUAGUUCUGUUUCUCUGUUUUUGUUCCUGAAUUCCACUGGGUUCAGAUCUCAGCAGUGGUUCUAGGGUUCCAGAAUGGAGCACCUAAGUUAUUUUCCUUUUUAAUUUGUUUUGUGGGAUUCUCUUUGAUUUUUGAAAAGGUGGGUCUUUUCUAGAUUCCUCAGGGGUAUGCCUACGCACAAAAAGGUAUUCUGAUUCCUUUCAAAAUGCUUCUUGAUUUAACACUGAUAUUAUUGCUUUAAAACCUCCACCCCUCUUCAUUUUCCUAUCUGGGUUCUACUUCUCCCCCCUCUUGCUCUGUCUUUCUUCUUUUUCAACAAUUCAAAAUCUUGAGCUGACUCUUCAAUUCACAAUCACAAAAGAAUACAGGAGCAAUCGCAGAACUGUGAACUCGUUCAUAUUUUGCUGGUAAGAUACUGUAAUUUGCAUGGUAGUUAGAAGUGAUGAAGUGGGAAAUGGAAAUUCUCUCCCCUGCUACCUAUAUAUCGAACGCGAAUUGGCUUCUUGAGGAAAGCAAGAGUACGAAAUGGACUCCUGCCGAGAACAAGAUGUUCGAAAACGCGCUAGCGGUGUACGAUAAGGAAUCCCCGGACAGAUGGCCCAAAGUGGCGGCGAUGAUCCCUGGAAAGACAGUUUCGGAUGUGAUGAGGCAGUACGAGGAAUUGGUGGCUGAUAUUAACAACAUAGAGGCAGGGCUGGUGACGAUUCCAGGAUAUGCCGCCUCCCCAUUCACAUUAGAUGGGGUGAACAGUAAUGUCUAUGAUGGGUUUAGGCAAUCUUACGGCAUCGGCGGAAAGAGGUCUUCGUCGGCUCGGUCUGCCGAGCAGGAGAGAAAGAAAGGGGUUCCAUGGACAGAGGAGGAGCAUAAUUUUAUUCUCUUUCAGGUAGUUUGCUAUGUAUUCAGGUUAAUCUUUGGUCUCAUCUUCCGUAGAUUGUUUCUGAUGGGGCUGAAGAAGUAUGGCAAAGGAGACUGGAGAAAUAUCUCGCGCAAUUUCGUUAUUACUAGGACACCGACACAAGUGGCCAGCCAUGCUCAGAAGUACUUCAUCAGGCAGCUUUCGGGAGGGAAAGACAAGCGGAGAGCUAGCAUCCAUGACAUAACUACCGUCAGUAUCGUUGACAUGAAAAUGCCUUCACCGGACAGUAAAAGACCCUCUUCCCCUGAGCACUCGACGGUGCUUCACCCCCACCACCAGCAACAACAGCAGCAGAGAAAUUCCGCAGCAGCCACGCCCCGAACACCUUUUCAAUGGAAUCAGUCCAAUGGGGGAGCAACCAUGGCUUUCAACACAACACAUGGGAAUGUGUUCAUGACCUCUCCAUAUGGGAUUGUUAGCUCUUAUGGCCAAAAAAUGCAGGGUCACAAUCUGCCAAGAGGUGUUUCCCAUGAAUCUUACAUGGGAGCUCCAAAUAUGGUCUUCCAAAUGCAUUCUGCACAGCACUACCCCCAUGGAUGAUCACGAGAUACCGGUUGUUUUGUAUUCUCAAGCCGUAUCUUUGUUCUGUUCUCUAGUAUAGCUUUUUGUUUGUGCUUCUAGCUCGUUCUAUGUGAAUAUGUUAUUCAAAGAACUGGGGUUAGUCCAUAGUAUAUGAAUUUGAAGAAGUAGAUGAGGAUUGUGUUUUCUCGGUUUCUCUUGAAACUUCAAAUUCUAAGCUCUGAAAUUGAGUGGAAGGAGAGUCUCAAAGUACUUGGGUUUCUUUGUGCAAGUCUCAGUGGUUCAAUAGAAGUUUUCAGUUUUUUAUGGCAA